AAAUGGCAUUCCACAGCUUUCUUUUGGAACCCAUCAGCUGCCAUGCCUGGAAUAAAGAUGGAACCCAAAUUGCCUUUUGUCCAAAUAGCCAUGAUGUUCACAUCUACAAAAAGCAGGGUGAUAAAUGGACCAAAAUCCAUGAGCUGAAAGAACAUAAUGGCCAAGUUACAGGUAUCGACUGGGCUCCUGAUAGCAAUCGCAUUGUGACAUGUGGUACUGACAGAAAUGCCUACGUGUGGACUCUGAAGAACAAUGUAUGGAAACCAACAUUGGUAAUUCUGAGAAUCAACCGAGCUGCACGCUGCGUGAAGUGGUCUCCUAAGGAAAAUAAAUUUGCUGUGGGCAGUGGCUCCAGACUAAUCUCCAUCUGCUACUUUGAACAAGAAAAUGAUUGGUGGGUUUGCAAGCACAUUAAGAAGCCAAUCCGUUCUACCGUGCUGAGUCUGGACUGGCAUCCGAAUAAUGUCCUCCUUGCAGCUGGAUCUAGUGAUUUUAAAAGCAGGAUCUUUUCAUCCUAUAUUAAGGAAGUAGAGGAACGCCCUGCUCCAACUCCUUGGGGCUCCAAGAUGCCUUUUGGAGAGUUGAUGUUUGAGUCCAGCACCAGUUGUGGAUGGGUUCACAGUGUCUGUUUCUCACACAGUGGAGACCGCAUGGCCUGGGUGAGCCAUGACAGUACUAUUAGUAUUGCUGAUGCUACCAAAAAGAUGAGGGUCACAUCCCUGAUGACAGACACUCUGCCUCUCCUGUGUUUGACCUUUAUCACUGAAAACAGCCUGGUUGCUGCGGGUCAUGAUUGUUACCCUCUGCUGUACACCUAUGAUGAAGCCCAGGGGAUCCUGAGUUUUGGAGCCAAGUUGGAUGUCCCCAAGCAGAGCUCACAGAGAGGACUGACUGCACGUGAGAGAUUCCAAAACCUGGAUAAGAAGGCUAGCAGUGAUACCAACAACGUCUCCCUCGAUUCAUUGCACAAGAAUAGCAUCACUCAAAUAUCUGCGCUCAGUGGGGGUAAAGCAAAAUGUGUCAAGUUCUGCACUACAGGAAUGGAUGGAGGAAUGUGCAUCUGGGACAUCAAGAGUCUGGAAUCUGCAAUGAAAGAUUUGAAGAUAAAGUGAACAGAACAAAGUCAUGAUAUCAGUAAUUUGACCAAACUGCUUCAACCAUAUAUAAAGCAUAUGCAAAGCUUAAAUUACAUUACGUACUUUCAAGGUCUGUUUCUAUAUUGCAAUGAUAAGUAACUACUUUUUGCAGCUUUAAUGAUGAAACAAAGUAUGCUGGUCAUAAUUUUUUACUUUAUCAAUCCAAUAAAUCUUUUAUAACUACUAAA